AUGCAGCGCGAGUUUCGUGUUCGCCGACCAAAGCGCAGCCCACAAUUGUCCUUCGAGCCGACGUGGCGAGUGGCGACCGAUUACCAGUCCUCUUGUGCCCUCUCGAUCGACGCCUCCGCAUUCCCCCACCUGAUUGACAUGAUCUUCGACGCCGCGCCAUACGAGAGCCUCCUCGCUCUGCGUACCACUUGUCGCACCUGGCGGGAUCGCGCUGAUGCGAUGACCGUACGACACGUCGUCGUCGUGGAAAACGAGUGUGUCGAUGAAGUCGUCUCAUACCCUGGAUGGAAGCUCCAGCGCCGAACAUUACCAUACACUAUCACGACAGGCGAAGGUUACCGCAUUCCGCGCACCGAAUGGUAUUACACACCGCUCGCGGCCUGCGUUCGGCGGAUCGACCUCUGGGGCGGGCCGCAGGUCAGUAGUGGGCCCGAGUGGCUCCACAAGGUCAAGCACGUCCGUGUCCUGUAUGACAUGACACCAUAUCGCACAGACUGGCAAACGCCUACGGCCGACGUCCACAUUGUGGGCGAGACUUUCGGUCCCAACCACCGGGGGCUAGACCACACGGACGACGAGAUAGCUGCCUCGGUCAUCCACGUGCCCGACCUCGCAGACGCUACACUGAAACGCUGGUCCUGGAGUCGUUCUGGCCCUAAGUGGGAUGCCGUGGAUGGCGGUAUCCCGCGCGCGCUCACUGUCGUGCUCCGCGACCUACCCAGCCAACCCAACUAUCGACACUUCAAGUACAUGGGCGUCCUGGUGCGCACACUAGCCAGAAUGCUUGCGGAUCAAGUCGAUCACCCUUCAUCCACCCAGCCCCCUGUCGCCAUCACCAUAGUCAAUCUCAACGCUUGGCGAACCCAUCCUCCCGAUUCCCCGCCUUCCAAUCCUGGCCACCACUGGUUCACAUACGUCAUGUGGGCUGCUGGGGCAUCGCGCCGCGCCCAGUACCAGAAGAGCGAGCAGUGGCUCCACACAUUCGAAGAGCGCGUCGAGGCGAUUCGGUACCUCUCCCUCCAGGCGUUCCAGGACGAGGUCAGCAAGGAGGUGUUCGAGGCAGUCAUAGACCAACACGAGGACGACAUCCCUGAGUAG